CUCGCUCUCGCAACCCCCCGGGGAUACGUUUCGGUGGUGCUCCUGGAUCUGAUGCGGUUUCUGCUCGUGGAUUCGUACGUGCAGAGCUGGCGGAGGGGCUGGCGAGGGAGGGGAAGAGCGUGGGUGCGAUGACGGUCAAUGACCCACUGUGCAGGAGGCUCGGCCCGCUCCACAUCGCGGCCUGGUUCGGCAAGCUGGAGAUGUGCAGGUUCCUCAUCAAGGAUCUCCACCUCGACGUCAAUGCGGACGCUGACCAUGCAUGUGGUCGUGCACCUAAGGAAGCUGUGAGACUCCUACUUGAUCGUGGCGCUAAUCCAAACAUAGCAUGCAACAAAGGGUAUACUGUGCUCCAUGUUAUUGCGACCAUGACAAAGCGAGAUUCCAGUGGGGUAGCAGAGAUAUUAUUGUCCAGAGGGGCCAAUGUUGACCCCAUGUGCGAACUAGGAACCCCACUACAUUAUGCUGCUGAAUGUGGAAAUGUGCAGAUGCUGGACAUGCUGUUGCAGUAUCAGGCAAAUGUAAUAAUUUUCUUCUUUCCAUAUUUUGUGUGCUCUUUUUGGUCUAUAUUAGAUGUGUUGUGCAGUACUGUAUCCAUGAUAGCUGAGAAGUUGCGGCCAGGGGGGAAUUUGCCUAACAGAGUUGUACGUUUAUUCUAUGCACCACUGACAUUGGCUAUCUUUGCUCAUUCGUUGAAGUGCGUGGAACUACUUAUUAAGGCUGGUGCUGAUGUCAAUGCUGGUAGGCCUGUAACUCCAUUAAUAAUAGCUGCAGCUGAUGGCUUAACUGACUGCGUCAAGUGUUUGUUGGAAGCUGGUGCUGAUGCCAAUAUUCCCGAUGAAAUUGGUAGAACACCAUUGGAAAUAGCUGCAAUCCAAGGAUGGAAGGAAUGCACUCAGAUCCUUUUUCCUUUCACAUCUCGUGUAACCAGAUUUCCAGACUGGAGCAUUGAUGGAAUAAUGCAACAUGUGGCAUUUGGGAGUUCAAUAGAUUAUAAAAAAUGUGAGGGAUCUGCUUUAAAAGCCCAAGGGGAUGCUGCAUUUCAGGCAAAGGAUUAUCCUCAUGCAUCGGAUCUGUACACCAAGGCAGUCGAGACUGACCCUCAUGAUUCAACCUUGUAUGCAAAGAGGAGCCUUUGCUGGCUGCAUAUGGGUGAAAAAGACAAAGCUAUUAAUGAUGCUAAUACCUACAAAGGUAUGGAUGUGGACUUAUCAAGUUCCUGCCAUGAGCAAGCAGCAGCUCUAAUACUGACGAAGGAGUAUGGCCUUGCAUGCAAAGCUCUCCUUUCUGGCUUGAAAUUGGAUUUUGGACGAGGUCCGAUCGGUGAAGUAUCUCGGGAGAAGAGUGCGUGAAGAAAGGUUAGUUAUUACUGCCUGCACAAUGCCAAGGUCCACUGAAGUUGUGAUGGCUGCGUUUUUGUUGGAUCCCGCGUGUUGACAGUAAUGUGUCCA